AUGACGGAGGCGAGGGAGGAUAUGUGGGAGCGCUACGUGGUAGUGAGCCAUCUGCUGAUGGCUUGCUCCAUAGGCCACGCAUCGCUCCAAACCAGCGGGUUCUACGAGAUUGUGACGUACUACGUGAACAACAAGACCUGCCUGGCUAUCCUCUACAACUAUGUGUUCAUGAUGUUCACGUUUUUUUGCCACCUGCCUGUGUAUGCAUUCCUUGGUCGCCUGACGAUGAUGGAGUUUGAGCAGCUGCAGGAGAUGGCGCGCAACUACCUAAUGGACGCAGUGCUGUUCUUGCUCUUGUCCAAACCGCGUCUUAACGGCCGUGAACUUCCGGUUACGAUGCUGACCAAGUACCUCAUCCUGCUGGUUGCGCUCAAGUGUUUUCACAUCCUGCUGUAUGUGCGGCUGUCUAACGUCUUCCAGAUGGACAUCCCGAGCUACUUUUCGAUGAUCAGGCUCGCUGCGUAUAUAUACGUGCUGUCGAUGCUGGACUGCCGUCUGCUGUGGGUGCUUUGUCGGGACUUGAACUGGAAGAACACUUUUACCAUAUGGGUGGUAUUCGAGCUUAUUGCGAUGUUGCUGGUGUGCACGUUCUCGUUCAUCCGUUACGUAGUGAACAUGCUGGACUUCUUCUACGAGAACGGUUUGAAGAACAAGACUACGUUGCUUUUCUAUCUCGAGCUGAUGCACGACGUGAUGAGCCUGGUGUGCUUCACGAUUUUUGUGAUGGUCUUUUACGUCCAUAACCCGAACCAUAUGCCCGCGUACAUGUUGAUAGACAUCCUCAACGUGCUGAAAAACCUCUCCGAUCGCGUUAACAUGCUGAUGCACUACCGCAAAGUUGUGAAAUCGCUGGAGUCGCGUUACCCCAAGCCUACGGAGGAAGAGAAGGAACGUGACGGCAGCUGUAUCAUCUGCCGUGACGAAUUUGACGAUGACUCGAGGAAGAUAGAGUGUGGCCACGUGUUCCACAUGUCGUGUCUCAAGUCGUGGCUGUUCCAGCACUCCACCUGCCCCACGUGCCGUGCGCCCAUCGAGGAGUAUGAGGCUCCACGCGCCGACGACUUCAACAUCUGGCGCCAGGUUUCAUUUAUCGAGAACCGCAUUGUUCGUGUCGGGCGCCGGCUCUGGAGAGGUGCAAUGCACCUUUUGGGGCGCGAUCCGCCGCAGGAAGCUCCUGAAUAUGACCCAGCAUCCGUGAAGGAUUAUAUCGAGAACUGCGCCAAAAACCUUAAAGAGCCGAUAUUGGCCAAAUUGAACGAGGAGCGUGUCGUAUGCGAGUUUGCCUUGCAGGAAGCGGACGAGGAUGAGGAUGGUGGCGAUAUCAGCACCCCGACGGGAGAGCAUGAGGAUAACAAUGCGGACGCCGACAAUCCGAACAGUAACGGAAUUGACGCUAGCAAUGCGGCCACGGCGCAAGGCGGAGGCUCUGUAAGUAGUGGUGAAGCGGCCAGAAACUCUGCAAACAAUGGCGAUGUGAUGCAAGUACUUACCGAUUUGACCAAGAUGGCUAAAGUUCUUGCUGAUAUCAAAGAGUUGACCAAAACCCCUGGUAAUGCAACCGAAGCGCCUAAAACCACCACCGCAAGCGAAGAAGCGCCUGCCGUUGUAAGCGAGGUGGCUGACGCCGCUGUCAACGACAAUGAGCCAGUAGAGAUACCGACUGACGCAAAUGAGGUGGCUGAAGAGCCUAGAACCGCAGCUGAAUCAACAGAAACGCCUGGCGAUUCAACCGAAGUGGCUGAAGCGUCAAUAACUGCCAGCGAAUCAGUCGAUGCGUCUGAAACUACCAAGGAAUCAUCAGGAUCGCCUGCCAAUGUGACGGAAGUACCUGGAGCAUCUGCCACUGUCAACGAAUCGGCAGAAGCAAUCGCCACCAUCAGUGAAGUGACCCAAACACCUGCCGACAGCACCGAGUCAGCAGAAAUACCCGCGGAGGCCAGUGGACUUCAAUCAAACGACGCAAUUACUGCGAAACCGGAAACCGAGCCAAUAGUUGCUGAGCAAAACGUGGCUGAGGCUGCACAAUCGGACGUAAAGGUUGCUGUCGAUGAAGAGGGUGUACACGCCGAUGCUUGCGAUGAUGCGGGAGAACGAGGGGGAGAGGACCUCAACCAGCAGUUUGAUGGAUCUAUUGAUAGCAAUGCUGAUAAUAACGGCACCGUGGCUGUUGAGUGCACGCCUGAGGCUGAUGCAGAAAGAGAUGUUGCGAACAUUAAGGAGAGCCAAAGCGUUGCUGAUGCGAAGGAUAUAGCGGAGAACAUCACUGAAAGUAGCAAAUCUGAUCCAGAUGGCGGACUUUUAGAUUCCUCCGCAAAGAACGACAACGCGGAUGGCAGUGAUGUUUUGGAUCACCCGGACGUGAGCAACGCGUCUGACAACAACGAAACUUUACAAGUUGCGCAGGACAAUGUGAUCACCACCAACAACGAUGACGAUGAUUUUGUGGAUGCUUGCGAAGAGUUUGUCGAAUCACCAAGGGAGCCAGUGAAGCCUUCUGCGGAAGAAGUCAAACGGCUUGAGACAGAACGCGAUAUGGCAAAGUAUAUCAACGAGUGCUAUCAGGCAUUCAGUGGCGAGAUUGCAGGGGAAACGAACAACCGUCAAGAAGGGGCUGAGGUCACGGAAAACAGCCUUGCGAACGACGAUAAGCAAGGUGAUGAAAAAACUGAUGCUGAUGUGGCUACGUCUAACACCGAGCGUGUCGUGGUUCGCGGAGGUAAUGCAGCUCAACCGGCAUCAAGAACAGUUUCGAGGCAAAUAAAUACGAGGUGCGGCUCAAUAACUAAUAUCUUCCAACGCAAAUCGACUUCUCAAUCCAUAGACGAAGCAAAAAACGAGGAUGAUGGGGAAUUUGACCCCUUUUGGACUAAUACUGUUUAUCAGCGACAAUCCCAAUCCGGGGCAUCAAAAGGUAAAAAGAACUUUUUCACUUCGUUGUUUCGCAAAAAGGGAUCUAAAGCACCUGAGGAUGCAACGCGUGGUGAACAAAGACGUUCUGACACUGGGGGACCGACUAAAUCGAAUGCAUUCUCCUGGAAUAAGGAUGUGAAAUGGCCGAAACCUAUUGCGUCUUAUUUCAAACGUCUUAAACUUCCUGAUGUUAUAUCUGAGACCGUGAGUGGAGCUCGCAGCUCGGGAAAAAAGAAGUCAGCUUCUUCCGAUAGUAAGGGUAAGGCUACCGCAGCACCGGAAACAAAGGCUUCUCCCACGCCGGAUCCUGCCACAGAACCAAAGCCCUUUUCGCGCUUUGAACGUUUCAGACAUAGGUAUUCGCUUAGUGACCAUAGCAGCAGCAAUGGCUCCGACGACAGCGACUCUGAUGACGAUAAAAGGGGUCGUGAUGGUGGGUACGGCGGCCGUCGUUACUCCAACGAUAGUGACGCGUACGAACCUAGGAGGAGCUAUGAUGAUGACUACGAAAACCGCCGAUACUCCGAUGAUAGUGAUACCUACGAGCCCAGAAGGAACUACGAGGAUGAGCAUAUGAGUCGCCAGAAUUCCAGCGACGGCGAGUCUUAUGUAGUCCGAAGGAGCGAGGAUGAGCAUGAAAGUAGACAACAAUCCAACGAUAGCGAGCCCCAAGAGGUUACGAGGCACUCUGACAGUGAACAUGGCAGCCCUAAAAGCUCAAGUGAUUCUGACUCCUACGCAGAAAGUAAAAAGAAUUCUGAUGAUGAAGGCGACGGUGACGAAAACCACAGUGAUCACGAAUCUGACGUGGUUACUAGAAAGGAUUCUGUUACUGAAAACAACAGCGAGCAAAACUCCAAAUACGAUAGCUACGCACCGUUGAUCAAACUGAGUUCUGCAAGUGCUUCCAGUGCCGUAGACUCCGACGGCCACAGUGAAUCUGAGACGGCGAACAGGAGGGGUUCAGGUCUUGAUGGUUACAGUUUGUUAGGUUCCGAUAGUGAAAAUGAGUGGGAUCCAUUUGUUGAAAGAGUCGUUACUACUCCUCAACCUGUGAACGACUGGCAACCCGAGGAGGAACCCAUUCCAGUUGUAGACGCGAAGUUAAUCGACCUGGUUGAUAGUAGCCCCGAGUCGAUGGUUGAUAGUGAGCACGCGUCAGAGGAGGAGAGCUCUGAUGAAAGUCCAGUGACACAGUCACCAGAGCCUGAUGUCGAUGAAACGAUGCCUGCAGCUGAGGAAAGUGAUUUGGACUCUGAGAGAUCAGCAGACAUUCCAGCAACGGAAUCAGCAGAGCCUAUUUCCGAUGAAACGGUUAUUACACCUGCGGAGAGCGAGUCGGAAACCGAGAGGUUGGAUGAGGACCCAGUGACGCAUUCACCAGAACGCACUCCCACCGCAGACGUGACUGCGCCUGCAGAGAGCGAUUUGGAAAACGAGGUAUCAGCUGAGAGUCCAACGAUACCUUCUCCAGAGCUUACUGUCACCGCAGAUGUGAUUCCUGCUGUCGAUGCUGAUUCAGAAGGCGAAAGAGUAACUGAAACUCCCGUUGACGCUUCACCAGAACCCGCCACAAACGAAACAUCGAUCGUGGCUGCGGGGAGUGCGUCGGAAGAUGAGAGGUCUGAUGAAAGCCCCAUGACACAGCCAUCAGACCCUGUCAUCAACGAAACAGCAAGUGCACGUGCAGAAAGCGCUUCGGAAGAUGAAAGGCCCGUGGCAGAAUCGUCAGAACCGGCUGUCAAUGAAUCAGUGACUGCACCCACAGAAAGCGAUACGGAAGCUGAUAGAACGAUCGAAACUCCUGUGGAUGAAUCACCUGACAGUACUGCCACCGCAGACGUUAAUCCUGCCACGACUAAUGAACCAGAAUCGGAGAUGGUGACUGAUACUCCUGUUGAGCCUGCACCAGAAACCACUGGAAAUGACGAAGUGAUUACCGAAACGACUAGUAAUCAGGAAGCUGAUGGGGCGAUUGAGACACCUGCAUCACCUUCACCGGAAACUGUCACAUUUGGGGAAUUGGUUCCUGCCUCAAGUAGUGGGUCGGGAUAUGGGACGUUGGCAGUGGUUCCAGCUCAUCCUCCGCCAGCACCUGUCGGCAAUCCGCAAGCUAUUGCAGUAGUAGAGAGAGACUUGGAAGUUGCCAUGUCCGGCGUAGAGCAUAUAGUGGAUGGCACGGUGUUAAACGUUCAAAGGAUUGUGGAAGAAACUGUUUAUAACAUGAGGGCAAUCGUUGAGAACACCGUCGUGAACGUGCAAAAUACUGUAGACAGCGCCGCCAUGGAGGUUGGGGACAGGGUAGAAAGGAAUGAGGAUCCAAGAAUAGAUGAGGUGGAAAUGCGCGUCGAAAGGACUGUGAACGCAGCAGUUGCUGAUGCAGAGUCGUUGGUCGAGUUAACAGUAGAUGUUGCUGUGGCGAACGUGAGAAGAACUGUAGAUGCGGCAGUUUUUAAUGUCGAAAACCUGGUCAGUCGUACUGUUGAUGCAGCGAUUGCAAGUGCGCUUGGGUUACAUCCUCUUCCACUAGCAGCAGCAGCAGCUGCUGCUGCUAUUAGUCGGAUUAUAAUCCUUCGUCGUUCUGACAGUGAGGAUUCGGCGGAUACGCGCGUUCCACCAAAUGACGACAGCAUUGGCAGCGAUUUGUCAGAUUAUCCUAUGGAGGAAUUGUCAUAUGAGGACAUGUCCGAUUUUCAUUUUGAUGCGACCACAAUGGAGGUGACCCAGCUGCCUGUAAUUGAUGAAGUCGCUGGUGCUGAGCCUCUCGACCAAAUUACCGACCUAUCUCCUGUUACAGACACACCUGCUCCAGUAGACGAUGAAACCAUUCCCGCAGUUUCUGCAGAACACGUGGUUCGUGAAACUAAUGUGAUAGACGGGCGCAUUGAAACUAUCGACGAUGCUUUUGUGGAAGAUCUCGUAGAACCACUUGAUGACGUUGUUGCUACAGGAGCAUACAGCCCAAUCACUCGAGAAGCUGCUGAUGCUACCUCCACGGAGGCGGUCGUCGAUGACGCUAUCAUUACGGACUUAGUUGAUGAGACAAAUGAUGAAGCCAUUGGAGCGGAGUCCGAAGAACAAAAUGUUGAUGAAGUUACUGCUGUCGACAUUGCUGCUGAUACGGUAGAGGAACCUGAUAGUGUGGACCUUAUAGGACUAGCCGGUGAUGAAGUUACCGCUCUGGACGCCGCCGCCCCACCAGCUGAGGAAUCUGCUGUAGAAUAUUCUGUAAACCCCUUCAUGGAGGAAACCACUGUUACAGAGACCGAUAAUGUAUCAAUCGAGAGGACUGUUGAUGCGUACACAGAUGACCUCAUCAUCCUGGACGAAACUUCUGUUGCGGACGUGUAUGAUAAAACAACCGAGGAAGCCCCUGGAGAGACUCCCGAGGAGCCACUUGCGAAUGAAAUUGCUGCUACUGAAGAAGCUACGGGCACUGUCGACGAAGCUCUUGACGAAUAUCCUGCUGAAAUAGCCGUCGAGGAUACUGCAGGUGAUGAUGCGGAUAAUGAAAUAGUUGCCGAAACUAUGAAUACGUCUAUAGGUGUAACUACCGACCUUGUCGAUGAAUCUGCUAAUGCAGAUCUGGCUGAAGUGGUCGUAGAUGAAGUUACUGACAUAGUAGAGGAACCUGUUGUACAAUCUGAUGCAGAGAACGUCGUCGAUGAAAUUAAUGAAACCAUUGACGAACGUGAUGUAUCAGCUGAUGUAGAGAAUGCCGUCGAUGAAAUUAAUGAGACCACUGACGAACGUGAUGUAUCAGCUGAUGUAGAGAAUGCCGUCGAUGAAAUUAAUGAGACCACUGACGAACGUGAUGUAUCAGCUGAUGUAGAGAAUGCCGUCGAUGAACCUAUUUAUGCGGAAAGGGUUACUGAUACAGUCGAUGAGUCUGCUAUACCAUCUGAUGCCGAGAAUGUCGUCGACGAAACUGCUGUUACAGAGGUAGCUACCGAGGCUGUCGAGGAGCUUCUGAUAUCAGAUUCUCAAAAACCCGUUGGGGAUGAAGGCUCGGAUAUCGAGGGCGAUAGUCCAACCGCUCAGGAAUCUAUUGACGUAGAUUCUGCUGAAGCGGAAGCCGCGGAGGCAGCUAUCGCAGAAACAGCUACGGAGAUAGGUGCUGAUCUUGCUGUAGAAGAUUCUGCGGAACCGGUUGCCGAUGAAGUUACUCUUAGGGACGCAGAUAUUCUAACAGAGGAUGAAGCUAUUGGUGCAGACCAGGAACGGGGCGAUGAAGCCAUUGAUACGGCUACAAACGUAACUCAUGUAAUAACGCAUGACCUGAUUGAUCUUAGCUCAAUAGAACCGACCUUUGAUGAAACUGCAGCCACAGAAACGGACAGCCCAACCGUUCGGGAAGAUAUUGAUGAGGCUCCCGAGGAAACAGUCACUGAGGAAACUACUUUUGAGGACACGCACGUUCCAAUCAUUGAGGAUGCUGUUGUUGAGGUCUCCUCAGACAUAGUUGUUGAAAAUACUGCUGCGGAUACGGAUAAUGAAUCAGUUGUCGAACCUCUGGAUACUACCACAGACCUUGAUCCAGAGAUGGCCGAGGCACCUGUUGAUGUGGUUGCUGUAGAGACAUCUGCUGAAGAAGCUGAUACUGUUGAGGCAACAACCGAGACCAUUGAGGAGGAUGCGGAUACAGCUUCAUGUGAACAUGCUGUUGAACCAUCUGCUAGUACGGAAGUAAUCGCUGAGGCAAUUGAGGAAGAUAUUGAUAUGACUACCUCGGAACCGGUGGUUCCUGAAGCUGCUGACACACAACCAGACAAUGAAAUGACCGACAAUGGUACUGCGGAUGAUUCUGCAGAGGUAUCUGUUGAAGCCGAUACUACUGCAGACAUAGCAACUGAGACAACUGAUGAGAUCGUUAGUACCAACUCCUCGGAACCGGUGACUCAAGACACUGUUGUUACGGAAGUAAAUACCGAGACGGUUGAGGAACCUGUUGUAGCCGAUUGUGUUGAGCCAGCUGAUGAUAUGGUUGUUACCGCUUCCGAUGAACAGAUAGUUGACGAACCUGCUGUUAUGGAAGUAGAUAAUGAAACGAUCGAUGAAUGCGUUGUAGAAGAUUCUGUAGAACAAGCUGACGACGCUGAUACAGUCGAGGUAGCUGCCGAUAUGCCUUCCGCCGAAGAAGCCGUGGAGGCAUCUACUAUUACUGACGCGGUUCCUGAAACAACUGAUGAAGUUGCUGAUAUGGUUUCCGAAGAACCGUUUGAUGGUGAAGCUACUGUUGCUGAUGUCGAUACUACAGUCACUGAGAAACCUGCUGAUGCAGAUCCAGCUGAAGAAGCUGUUAGUGAGCUUUUAACUAAUGGAACAAGUGAGGAGGCUGUGGAUACGGCUACGGGUGCAGUUGACGUAACGACCGAGGGAAUGAUUGACGAGACUGCCGCAGAGCCGGCGGUUUCUGAAGGUGCUGUAACGUGCGUAGCUGAUGCAACGGCAGAGGAAGCUAUCGACAACAUCUCUGCAGAACCAGAGACUAAUGCAUGUGCUGCUACGGAUGCAACAGAGGUCCCAACUGAUGCGGACACUGUAACAUUAGCUGUUGAUGAAGCUACCGCUAUGGAGGUGCCUAAGGAGACUACUGAGGCGGCUGCUGGUGCUGAGGGAUCCGUAGAACCAGGUACCGAAGAAGCAAGUACUACGGAAGUAACUACGGACACAGCUGAGGUGGCUACUAAUGCAGACUCCGUGGUACUACCUGCAGCUGAGGGCGCGGCUACGGAAGAUGACAGUCCAACCAUCCAGGAAUCUGCUGAUGCAGAUACUGCAGAAUCUGCAGUUGAGGGUGCAGGCAUAGAAGGUAACAGCUCAACCAUCCAAGAACCUGUUGAUGAUGCCGCCGAAGAACCGGUGGCUGAUGAGUCUACAGGCGCAGAAGGUGAUACUGCAACUGUUCAGGAUGCUACGGCAGAGGCCUCAGAAGAGCCUAUUGUCGACGAGACUGCUGGAGAGGAGGAAAAUAGUCCAACCACAGACGGAGCUAGAGACCCGGAAGAUAAUGAUGACAAGCCUGAGGAACCCCAACCAGAUGUGCCAACAUAUUGUCGCCGGUUCUUGUUACCGUCGUGGUUGAGGGAGAGUCGUAGCCGUGGAAGUGAUCCAGAUGUUAAGGCCAAGUCCGGCAUGCUAAAAUUGUUGCGGAAACUGAAAUACAUCAAGGAGAAAUUGACACAAUUAACGAACCCCGAGCGCAACGAGACGUCAACUGACAGAGCGGAGGAUGAAGCUGCUGGAAACACCGAGGAUACCAAUGGCGAUGCUAUUGUGCCCCCAACUUCCGAGAGUGCGUCUGCGGCGGAAGAGUCCGGCAGUGUCACCAAUGACGACCCUGAGGUCCCCCCAAUCUCGGAGAGUAUGCUAGCGGCAGAAGAGCUCAGAGAUGUCGGUAAUGACGAUGCUGAGGUUAUCGCACGUUCCGAAAGUGCGCCUGAGGCAGAACUGUCCAGCGUUGCUACAAAUGAUGGGGACAACUUGCCCAAGGAUAAUGCUGUAUCCCCUGUGAUUGCGGUCUCAGAUCAAGACGAGGUUAAAAAACCAUCGGCGGAAGAAUUGGCCCGUAUAAGGCGCAUACGGUUGGCUAGGUUUUCGAAGGACUUCGGCGACGAUGCUAGUUCAGCAACUGCCGCUGGUGAAGCGGAUAGGGAUGCCGCAGCCACUCAGGAGUCCAAGCCCUCGGAAGUGCCCAGUGUUAGCAACGAUGAGGAUGGUACUCGUAUGCGUGAUGGUGAUGCCGUAGAAUCUCCAGAUCUGGCUGUUAAGGACGGUCCAUCUACCAGCGAUGAUGGAGAACUAGGUCCCAGCGAGAUAUCCGAACAGGAGCCAGCCCCGAUUAGCGAUGACGCAGUAGAAGAAUCCGGCGUGGAGGAACAGUCAGAGCCUGUUGAAUCUGGGGCGGGAUCAAUUGUGCCACUGGAUGCCACGCAAUCGACGGACAUCGUUGUGGCCAAUGCCGACAGCUCGGAUUCCGGUACACCAAACGCUAUCGUGAGCCUUGCGUCCACUUUGGCUAACAUGACUCCAAACGACAUGUGGAAUCUGAGCCACAUUGCCGCUACCUAUCGACGUCGCAUGGCAUCGAGUGCACGCGCUAUCGUCAUCGAACUUGCCGAACUACAAGCGCGACUUUUCCUGGCCUACUGCAAGAUGAUUCGCAUGUGGCAUCUUACUGCCCACGGCCUAUCUAGAGCUGAUGAUGUGUACAAGACCGUUUUCGAGACGGCAAACGCCUCACGUGCAUCUGGCGUCACCAACCAACGCCAGCGCGGCCUCCUGUCUGACAUUUGGAACAGCCUCAACUGCUACAGCGUCUCGCCGGAUAGGAUCAAACAGUUGCACAGCCAAUACAUCAAGCGUUCCUUCAACUACCAGGACGGCGUCUGGCGUAUGCAUGCCUCACCUGUUCCAGUCGAUCUUAUCGAGGACAUGGUGAGCUCGAUGGCUCUUAUGGAUGCGAUAAUCAAAUCCGAGAUGGAAAAGGUGGAAACUUAG